ACCGGGAGGCGCGCGGGAGGGCGCGAAGGACGCGCUGCUGCCGGCGCUGGGGGCUCGGCCGACUCCCCCACAGCCUCUGUGAGGGGCCAGGUCUUCCUUCGUAGGCCGCAGAGCGUCCCCCGGGGCUGACGGGGCGGCCGGGCUGGGCGCUGCCGAGCCCGGUGUCUGCUCUCCGCCUCUGGGCUGCCAUGGGCCUCGCUGAGCUGAGGUCUUCGCCCGGCAGCCCCCAGGCACCUCUCCCCGCCGAGGCCUCCUGACAUCUCUUCUGUCUUUUCUGCAGAGCUUUUUCCAGGACAGGAAUAUGAGUGAUCAAAUGCAGUUCAUUGUUGAGAAGCUCAAUCAGGAGCCUUUCAGGAAGAACUACAAUUUAAUCACCUUUGACUCCUUAGAGUCGAUGCAGCUGUUGCAGCUGCUCAAUGAUGUUCUGGGGGAGAUUGACCCGAAGCAGGCUGUUGACAUUAGAGAGGAGCUGCCGGAACAAACAGCUAAAAGAAUGUUGAGUCUUCUUGGUAUCCUCAAGUACAAACCUCCAGGAGGUAUAUCAGACUUGAGUGCAUUUCGCCAAGGGUUAGUUACUGGAAGCAAACCUGUAAUUCAUCCUAUCUUGCAUUGGCUUCUCCAGAGGACCAAUGAACUCAAGAAAAGAGCAUACCUGGCACGUUUCUUGGUAAAAUUGGAAGUGCCAGCAGAGUUCCUACAGGAUGAUACUGUGGCUGACAUCAACGAACAGUAUGAAGAACUGAUAGAAACAUUUAAAAACCUACAUAAGGAGUGUGAGCAGCUCAAAACAUCUGGUUUAUCAACAGCAGAAAUAAGAAGGGACAUCAGUGCAAUGGAAGAGGAGAAAGAUCAACUCCACAAAAGAGUAGAGCGUCUUAAGAAGAGGGUGGAGACAGUGCAAAAUCAUCAACGAAUGCUUGAAAUAGCAAGACAGCUUCGCGUAGAAAAAGAGAGAGAAGAAUCUUUAGCUCAACAGAAACAAGAACAAAAAAAUCAGUUGUUCCAUGCAAAGCAGAGACUGCAAAGAGCACAGCUCCAGCUGAAAGAGAUGCGUCAGGCAGUAGUGGAUUUGAAACCUGCAAGUUUAAUGAAGAAACUAGAAGAGGAGAUAAAUUUCAACUCAUACCUAGUCACUGAGAAAAAUCCUAGAGAGCUUGAAAGUAAGAAGACUUCAGUGUAUUUCUUGCAAAAGGUGGCUGCAGAGCCAGCUAUGACUCAAUCUGAUCUCAAUGCACUUGAAAUGAAGAUAAAUGAAGUAAACACACAAAUUAACCAGCUUAUUGAGAAAAGGAUGAUGAACUAUGAACCAAGUGACAGCAAGUUUUUGAUGUAUCGCCAACAGGCAUCUAUAAUUUCCCGGAAGAAGGAAGCCAAGGCAGAAGAACUUCAGGCUGCUAAGGAAGAAGUGUCCAGAUGGGAGAGGCAGAUGCUGCAGAAGACCAAUCAGGUCCAGGAGUUGGAAGGCUCUGAAGUUCUGAAAGGGGAUGAGUUCAAACACUAUGUUAAUAAGCUCCGGAGCAAGAACACGGUUUAUAAAAAGAAGCGAGUGGAACUGGCAGAAAUCGCAGCGGAGUGCGGGGUGCUCCAGAGGACCGAGGAGCUGCUCAAGCAGCGCCACGAGGCUCUUCAGCAAGAGUUGCAAGCUAUUGAAGAGAAGAAAGGUAUUUCUGGAUAUAGUUACACCCAGGAGGAGCUGGAAAGAGUAUCUGCAGUAAAGAGUGAAAUGGAUGAAAUGAAAGGCCGGACACUAGAUAACAUGUCUGCAAUGGUAAAAAAGCUGAAUGCUCUGGUGGCAGAGAAGAAGGCAAGUCUGGCCCCUGUUAUCAAGGAGCUGAGACAGCUGCGGCAGAGCUGCCAGGAAUUAACUCAGGAAUGUGAUGAAAAAAAAACCCAAUAUGAGAGUUGUGCAGCGGGGCUGGAGAGCGACCGCUCUGCGCUGGAGCAGGCAGUGAAAGGGCUUCUUGAGGAGUGUGUUCAGGAAGAAAGCAACUACCACUAUGUUAACUGCAUGAAAAGGACUCUAGAAAUACAGCUGCAGCGUGCUAAAGAUGAAAUGAAGGCCUACAUCUCCCCAGACCCAGGGGAGAGACGGAAGGCGAUUCGGGAACAGUAUACACGAAGGAUCCUCGAACAGGAAAACCUUGGGAAGAAAUUAAGAGAGAAGCAGAAAGUUGUAAGGGAAAGUCACGGGGCAAACAUGAAGCAAAUGAAAAUGUGGCAGGAUUUUGAGCAGUUGAUGGAAUGUAAGAAAAAAUGUUUUCUGAAACAACAAAAUCAAACAGCCAUUGAUCAAGUCAUUCAGGAAGAAGGUAAAGACAGACUUGUGUUAUGAAUCCUUCAUUCUUGAUACCAACAUGAAGUAGGAGGACUGUGUUUGCAUCUCAAAGGUAACCUCUCAUUAAAGGUUGUUGUUUUCCUCAUUUCCACAUGGAUUUGUUGUACCUUAUUUGGUUUUGGUGGCUAAAUAAAGAGCGUGACUGGGUUCUCUACGAAGGUUUUCCUCCAUUGCUGGCUGACAGCAGCACAGGGCAGAAGAUCUGCCACGAGAGCUGCACUGGGGUGAACCUCGUCAUAAAUCUCUGGGUUAUGAGGCUGGGAAUGGCAUGCAUCUGCAGAGAUCAAAGGCAAAGAAAUCCUUCUUCAGGGUCACAGAAAGCUUCCAUAAUUGCUCUGCUCCUUACUCUGUAUCACUAAGGUUACAUGUUUGCAAGGCUUGAUGUUGUGUAACUGCAGACCUCCUGGCUUUGGCCCUCUCCUUCCCCAUUGUCUUUACUCAUGUACUGUGACUGGCAGGAAUGGAGCCCUGUUCACUCCAAGCUGCGCAGCCCUUGCUGGCUCACUCCUAGUCACACUUUCCUUGCAUGGCUGAAUGAAACUGAUUGUGCUUCCAGGAGACAGUUUGUUGCUGCAGUGUCAGGAGUAGGUUCUGAGAACAAUUACCUGGAUUCUGAGCUUUUUCCAUUAUCUUUUGUUGUUGUUUUUAACAAAUGUCUUUUUCUUGUACAUAUACCUUCUUCUGAUUUUUACAAGUUGCCCAUGUGAAAGUGUAAAUGGUGGCUGACUAAAGGCUCCACUGAGGACACUUUGAGCUGUUUUCUCUGUGCAGCAAAGUGAUUACAUCACCCAAAGAGGCUCAUCCCAGGGCUGGAGGGUUGUUGAUGGAUGCAGACGCAGUACAGGGGUUCUGGCCUAUGUAGAGUGUGCAGAACAGGUAGGUGGGCAAGGCUGCCAUCUGCUCUGGCACUGACCUGUGAGCCACAGGCCACUGUCACUGCCCUUCAGAUUGCAUCAUGAGACCCACAGCUGACCCAGAGUAAGAGGAAUGUAGCUGAGGCUUGAAACUGUCCCUCACACUUCAUCAUUUGGGAUGAGCACCCCAGCCACAAUCAAAGCUCGGAAGGAGAGAGAUAAGUCUGUGGGACCAGAACUCUGGCUGCUGUUCUUCAGUCCUGUGGCUUCUUGAAUUUCUAGAUGGGGGAGGGGCUUUUUUUAGUUUUUCCUGUCUGAAGCAGAAUGUCUUUUUAGGACAACUGAAAAAAUUUUGCUUUCUUCAAUACCAAACUAUAAAGAUCUGUUGCUGUUUUCUGGAUCAAGACAGAAUAUGGCAGUGAUGUGAUUCCCAGUUUGCC